AUGCAAUUGGAGCUGAAAGUAGAAGCUGUCAAAGUCAAGAUGACCAGGCUGUUUCCUUCGAUGCUGGCUGGCAAACCAGAGGAAGUGGAAGGAACUAUGCUAGCUUAUCUGGUGUGUCAUGGAAGUAUGAUAGGCGUUAACACAGGAAAAGUCUUAAGUUACGCUGUACGUUGUAAGAAAUGUAGAUUUCGCGACAGGGCUGUGGACAAGGAAAAUCCUAAUGAACAUGACUGUAGGAAAAAUUGGACAAAAUCCUCCAAGGCAAUGGAGUCAGAUAUGGCAGUGGAAAUGCUCAGUGAAUUAAAAUCCAAGGGAUUCCAUGUGAAAAAACUAAUCAUGGAUAAUGAUACUACUACUAUCUCAAGAAAAAUUCUCAAAUUUCAACCAUACCAAAAAAAUGUCACAAACAAGCUUUAUUCACUCAGAAAGGAAGAAAAAUAUAAUAAUCUUGGACCAAAAGCAAUUAAUCACCUUACAAAAUGCUUUGCCUAUGCUGUUAAGGGAAGUGAAGAUGCUGCCAGCAUGAAGAAAAACUUGGAGGCCAUUCCUCGACAUGUUUUUGGUGAUCAUUCAAGAUGUUCUGAAUGGUGUGGAUUCGUGAAAAGUCCGUCCACGUAUAAACCAACGAGUUUGCCAUAUGGUAAAUAUAUGGCAGAAGAAGAUCUACAGUUAGAUCUGACGACAAUGUUUGAAGAAUAUGCUGCAAAUUCUGAGAAACUGUUAAAAGUGGGUAGCACCCAGACCAAUGAAAGUUUUAACCACACUGUAGCCACCAAAAACCCAAAGACAAACUUUUACAGUGCAUCCGAGUCAACAUCAUUUAGAGUUGCUGCAGCUGUGGCUCAUAAAAACAUAGGUCUUCAAACAUUCACAAGGGUGUAUGAAAACUCGCUUCUUUCUCCAGGAAAGCACACCAAUUCUUACAUAAGUAAAGCUUCCAGGAAAAGAGAUUAUCAGAAGAUUGUGAAAAGCAGUGUGGAGUGUAAGAAACGUAGAAGGGAACUCAUAUCAAACAAAUAA